GUUUGUUCAACUGCAUUUUAUGUGGGAACGCCUCAUUUUCAGAGCUGUACGGACAUGUUCCUCACUCACAAGCUGACGUAAAAUAGGAGAGCAACAGACAUGUUCACGCCAUCUAAGAAGAAAUCAAAUGCACCAGUCUGCAGGUUAAGACCAUAUGCAUUACUACAAGCUUGUUUACUUUGGACAUUGUUCUGUUUGGCUCUAUGGGCACUGACUGAUGGGAUCCACAUCAAACUAUUUCAGCCCACCAGACCUAAACCAGUUCCUCGAAAUAACAGUUCAUCCAUAAUAACCGCAUUUGACAUGGGAAUCAGUGAUGAGGAGUGGGAAAGACUACAGAAGGCUAUUGACUGGCCUAUUCCAGAUCAAGAAAUCACUCAUCUGAGUCAGAGCACAAGUCCAGUCCACUCAACUUUCUCUAUUGUGGGACUCAAAGAGAGUUACAAAGUGGGAGAAAAGAUCUCUGUUAUUAUCACAGCCAGAGACCACAACAAGAACCUGAAAAGAUAUGGAGGAGAUUUUUUCAAAGCAAAACUUUUCAAUGCAGAGCUAAAGGCGAGUGUGUACGGGGAGGUUGUGGAUCAUCGUAAUGGAACUUACUCUGUUGCUCUUCUUCUGCCCUGGGAAGGUCAGGCACAAGUUUCUGUACGUCUAGAGCACUCCAGCGAGGUUGUGCAGAUUCUUAAAAAAUACAGGGAGUCUUCAUUCCCACGCAGCCACUAUAAUGGCUACUUUGAAGGGCCAGGACUCAAUGAAACUAAGAUCUUUGAAGUAGUAGAAUGUAAUCUGAAGUGGGGUGCAGAUGGAAGUUGGAGGAAAGGCGACUGCUGCUGUGAGUAUAAGGAUAUAAAAACAGGGACGGUGUGGCAGUGUGAGAGACCAAAGGAACUUUCCUGUGACCACCUGGUUCAUCACUCAUAUGGACGUUUGGAAAGCCCAUUAAAUCUUUUUGAGCAGCAGCUUUUUACAAAGAAUUUAACAAAUAUUGCUAUUAGUGGAGACAUAAAAAUCAUAAAUGUCCUUCCCACCACUGCACCCAUUGGCACAAUGGAGAAAUGCAGGUCUGGCAUGACAACACCGGUUCCUGCAGGAUUUUAUUUGAAUGAUGUCUGGAAGUCUUUUGUAUGCAACACUCGACAGUUCAGUCCUGCACAAAUGGCAAACUGUCUUAAAAACAAGAUUGUCUAUUUGAUGGGAGACUCCACUACAAGGCAGUGGUUCGAGUACUUAGAAAGAAACGUGCCAGGCAUAAAGAGAAUGGACCUCCACACUCGUCCUACAAAUGGCCCACUGAUGGCUGUGGAGUUGAAAAAUAACAUCAUUAUUCACUGGAGGCCACACGGUGUUCCUGUGCGAUUUAGUAAAAUGCCUAUUACAGAUCUGCACUAUAUCAGCAACGAUAUUGAUGAAAUGGCCGGUGGACCUCAUGCAGUCAUUGUCUUCACAUUCUUUGCACACCUGGUUUUUCACCCAAUAACAUUUUAUGUGUAUGAAGUGGCCAGAAUCCGCCAGUCUGUUGUUGCGCUGCUGAGGCGCGCUCCAGAGACCACCGUCAUCAUCAAGUCUGGAAACACUGCUGGACUAAAGUGCUAAACAUGGUUCUCCUCGGAGUAGAUGUGCACACUGCAUCUUCUUCUUGUUUGACAAGUGUCAGCAUUAGGGCACAAUACUGACACCUGGGAGGUCAACCAGGUACUGGUGCUGGAGUAUUAACAUGUCAUGUUAUCAUAAGAUUCCUGUUCAUUUUAAAUAUUGUGGUUAUCGCCAAAACUGGUAUAUUGUCAAAUUAACACAAUGUCAAUAUAUUAUGCUCUGAAUAUCACGAUUAUCAUUAAUACCAGUAUAUUGUGACACCCCUAGUCCAAAAUUGACACGAUUAUUGAUACUGAUAUCUGUGUAUGUCAGUUUUGUUCAUCUUUUUGUGCUCAUUUAUUUUAAAGUCUUCAAACUGAUGUUGCAACUCACAUUGCAGUAACACAGGGUUUGUAAUGUAUAAAAAUUAAAUUACACAACUAAUAGAUUCAAGUGACGUCAGUGAAUACUGCAAAUGUGUUUGUCAAACACACUGUCACAGCAACCAAAGAAGACGAAUGAUUGACAAUAAGUGUAAAGGGCCCAACUAAUGAACACUAAUCACCAUUAUGGUGACUUGAAUGAAACAAACGUUAGAUUUAAACCCCUGUUAUAAAGAACUUCUGUAGACCUCUAAGAGACAUAAAGUCAACCUUGUUAGUAAUAAGUGAAGCCAGUAAUGAUGUUUGGGGAGUUGUUUAAUCCUCUUCUGCUGAGAUCUUCAGAGAUUAAAUGUCUUUUAUCUUCAGCUGAUUAUUUCUAUGGCUGUGGCUAAAGUCAGUUGUUGUUGUUGUGUUUCUAUUUGUCUCUUUUUUUCUGUUCUCUUCUUUCUUUCAGUGAUCAUGCUUGAUAAUGGGCUUAUUAAGGCUGAGAUGACUCCAUAAUUAAUAUACACAGAUUUUGUGGCUUAUUUCUUUGCUCUUGACUGACAUGUGACAUUGCUAUGGCCUGCUUAUGGCCAAGAUCUGGCAAACAGGAGUGGUCCACUCGAGUGCCAUCAUUCCACACUAAAUGUGGGCCAGAUCAUCAUUACACAUGUGCCAGACGUGGGACGAAUCUGGGCCAAACAAUAUGUUGAUAUCUGGGUUGGCAAUAAAGUUCUGAUUCUGAUCUGUUUUUUUUUUUUUUUUUUUUACAGAAUAUUUUUCAAAGUGAUUGGCACAUGUUGCAGUUGGACACAGUGAUGCGGGAGAUGUUCAGAGACAUUGAUGGAGUCAUCUUCUUAGAUGUCUGGCAAAUGACUUCCUGUCACUAUCUACGUGAACACAUUCACCCAGGA